UGGACCAGGCGUGAUGUGAGUCCAUGAGAUGUACAGUUUACUGAGAAAAUUCUAAACAUUGAGGCAACAAUGGUCACUCCGAAUGGGAUUACAUCCUUUACACUGGUGAGACAUGACUACUCAGAGGAGAUGACUUCGACUACUCCGGUCUUCACAACCCCUGCUCAGGAAUCUGUAAAUGGUGUUAUAAUUGGCUGGAUUCUAAGCGUCCAAUCCACUCUGAUCAUCUUUACCAACCUUCUAGUGACCAUCGCUUUGGUCUUGUUGAUCCGUAAAGGUGGGAGUCACAGCUGGAGCUUUGUUUUAAACCUGGCCAUCGCUGAUAUCCUAGUGGGUCUGGCUAUUACAGCUAUCGCUACUGAUUCGAUUAAAGGACGUGUGGUUUCGAUGCGUAAGGAAGUGUGCUUGCUACGCAUGUCUUUCAUCAUCACGCCCAGUGCUGCAUCCAUACUCACCAUGUUCUUCAUCUCACUGGACCGGUACAUGGCCAUCAAAAUUCCACUACGUUAUUCACAACUCAUGGGCACCAAGAUGACAGCCGGCGUAUUGGUGUGUCUAUGGCUGCUGUCGACAGCCGUAGGAUUCUUGCCCAAUAUGGUAAAGAGCAUGCAGCACAGUAAUUAUGAAAGCGUGUGUACCUUCUUCUUGGUCAUCAACCCUCAGAGCAUCAUCAUAGUCUUCUGUUCCACCUUCUUCCCCAUACUGAUGGUCUUUAUCUACUUCUAUCUAGACAUCCUCAAAAUCGCCUGGAGCCAUCAGCGGCGCAUUGAGCAAGCCAUGCAAGUGAGUUCCCGCUGCCUCCUGCCUAGUCGUUACUGGGGCCACGUUAAGGCGUUUAAGACCGUCACGUUGCUGGUGGGUUGCUUCACUCUCUGCUGGUGCCCUUUCUUUGUGGUCAGCAUUAUACAGGUGCUGUGUCCACCAUGCAAGCUUUACUGGUUUUUAGAAAACCACCUCUGGUUGCUGGGACUCUCGAAUUCCCUCAUCAACCCGCUUGUUUAUGCCUUCUGGCAGAGGGAGGUACGACAACAACUCUUUGAUAUGUUUUCUUGUGUUAAAGUCACUCAGUGCUGUGUUAAAGCGAACACAGAGCAAACAACGACCACUCAGACCAGAAACUCUUUAGACUCCAGUCGACUUGGUCAGUUCAUUAUUAGGAAGCCUGCUACAGUAACUCUUGCUGUGUCAACACGUCCAAACUCUGUGUAACAAAACAACAGCAGUCUUUCAGUCCUUUCAGUCUGUUUUGUUCAUGGGAAACGGUUAAGUGUUUUGACAUCAACGACCGGAAAAGAGCUGUAUUCCAUAAUGGAUGUGGAGUCUUGAGAGUCUGUCUGUUUUAUUCAUGCAAUGGAACAGAUGGCUUUAUUGACAUUUUGGCUCACUUUCUUCUACUUAACUGAAAUCAGAAGACCAUAAAGAGUUGGCCUGAUUGAGAUGACCAUGUCUAACAUGAUUGAUUCAAAUGUUUGUAUUUUGUAUGAAUUUUGUAUAAAUACAGACAUGUUAACAUUGUUUUUUCUUAUUAUUCAUAAUUGGCUUCUCAACUCCAAUCCUGAUUGGCCCAAUUCAUAAAGGCCAUUAACCUAAAGACUCUGGUAUUCUUUCAUAACCUGACAGAAAUUACUGAAAGAUGUUCCCUUGGUGCUGUGUGUAUCUUUUAUAUGGGAAUUUUUAAUUAGCUUUUAAAUUGUACAUUAGGGGUCCGUAAGGUCCAAUUAUGUACUUUUAAAUUAUUUAUAUUAACAGGUGAAAAUGUACAAAAGGUACAGUGGUGGUACCAGAAACAAGGAUCACUUAUUUCUGAUCAUGUAAAUAAACAUUUAG